AUGGAGGGAGACUUGGACGAGGAAGAGAAGGCGGAGGCCGACGCCAAGGCCUUGGCCAAGGCUGAGGCUUCCGCUGCAAAGCCAAAGGAGGAGAAGGCUAAAGCGAAGGCUCCACCCAAAGAGCUUGAAGCGACAGCAGCGGCGCAGAUCCCCAGCAAGGAGGAUGAGGCCCCGCCGGCAGAUGUGAACGAAGCUCCUCCAAAGGCAGCACCGGCGCCCGACGCUGCCGCAGGAGCACCAGCUGCGCCAGCAGCUGCCAGGGGAGACGACCUCUUGGAUGAGUUGCAGGCCCUUCGGAGAGGUGUCCCGGAGAAAGAGAAGAAGUUAGAGGCGGAGCUUGCUGAGCUCUAUGCCAAGGCUGAAGAAGCGCUGAAAGCUGGGGAUGAGGAGGCAGCGCGGAAGCUCCUGGAGUCCAAAGCAAAGACUCAGGCAAGCCUCGACUCGUUGCGGGAAGGGCAGAAGAGGCGGGAAGCGCAGCAAUCAGAGCAGCUCGUGUCCUUGGAGGCCCAGGUGAAGGACCUCUACGAGCGAGCAGAGAAAUCGCUGGCCGCAGGCAACGAGACAGAUGCGCGCCGCUAUCUCCAGGAGAGGGAGCAAGCUCUGAAAAAGCUGGCAGAUUUGAAGCAGACGCGGGAGACUUGA